CUUGUCAAUUAUAAGUGAAAAUUGAAAUAUCAAACAACUAAACUCGAAGUUUGUUAUUUGUUGGUGAUUCGAUACUGCUUUUCUUUUUAUUUCUUUAAUUUUUUGGAAAUAAUAUACCUAAGAAAUUAUUACGACUAUGGAGAAACCUACGGUAACGGAGCAGCCACCACCUUACUCAGCUACUAUGCCUCAAGGACCACAAGCAGGCAACCCAGCAAGCCAGCCAAGCCAAGGGGCGUAUCCCCCACCUCCACCAGGCUACACUCCAUACAACGCUCCACCAGGCACAUACCUCCCUAACUACGGGGCCACAAACAUAAUAAUACCCCCCGCGAUCAUCGCUGUAGGAGCCUGCCCAGCCUGUCGAGUAGGUAUUUUAGAAGACGACUUCACAUGCCUAGGGAUUCUAUGCGCUAUCCUCUUCUUUCCCAUCGGAAUUUUGUGCUGUCUCGCUCUGAAGAACCGAAGAUGCUCGAAUUGUGGCGCCAUGUUUGGAUAGUCGGAAAUAUUGGAUUCCUAGUUUCUAUAAUCGGGAUGUGAGCAAAUAAGUAUUAUCUGUUAACAGAAUUAAAGAUGGAUUCAUGGAUUUUAAACCUGAUUUAUUCAUUUUAUAAACGAGCGUAUACAUACGCUUUAACUGUACAUUGUCACGGAUAGACUGUAAAGUUAUCAAUCUGGGAUAAAUAAGAUGAAUAUAUGUAUUGAGUUUAAAAUCCGGAAAAGUCUUUAAUUCUAAAAGAAAACAGUAGUAAAAGAAUAAAGGUAGUGGACCUACAAUCCAACUACUACAAAAUAAUGCCAUUUUUUAAGAAAAUAGGGUUAUUCCUGGUUAUAGGAGCUAGAAGCGUAGAAGUUGUAUUGUAAAUAUAUGGAAUUUUAUAUUGAUUAUCUAUAUCGAAUAAAAACACUUAGAAUCACAAUUUUGAAAUGAGUUGUAGGUUCUAGUUGAUAUAAAGAUGAGUUAAGAUAUGAAGGUAAAAUUCAUAAUAUAUUUACUUUACAACUUAGAGAGAAACACCAAUCAUUACUGUGUUUUACAUAAAGAUUUUUACAUUACGUCCAAGUAAAACAAUAAGACUUAGCAAUUUUUAAUUUGUUGCAAAAUAAAUAUUCAUCAAUGUGUAAGUUUUGUUCUCUCAAAAUUAAUCACACAUAGUGAUAAAAUGUUAUUUUAAUAUCUAUCUUUUAUAGACUUAAGUUGCAAUAAUAAGUAAUAUUGCUAAUUUAAUUUGGUAUUCAAAUUAUCAAUUGAUGAUUAAUAAGCUGCCGAUGUAAACAUGAAUUUUUAAAGUGCCAGGUUAUGUAUUAAAUACCGUAAUUGGUGAAUAAUGAAAGGAUUCUUACAUACCAUAUUAUUACUUUUUAUAUGUAAUUUAUCUGAACAAAAAGGCAGAUAAUAACUGGUAAAAUCAAAGAGGUUAUAUAUAGAUCUUUACGGAAACAUCCGCCAAUUAGAAAAAGAGGGAAAAUCGCUGUUCUUUGUCUAUUUCUGUCUACCUGUAUAUCUUUCUAGUUUUUUUUCCUGUUAUGGCAACUAUUUGCCAGUGUCAAGUAUCUUUCUAGUUUCUUUUUCGUGCCAACGCUGUCUUUAAUUCUAAGAAGCCUUUUUUCUCUCUUUUUCUGUCCUUCCUCUAUGUAUGAUUUACCUACAUUCCACGCGACAAUAGUUAGACUUAAACAACAAAUAAUUAAAAAAUAAUAUUAUAAUCAAUACACUUGUACAGGAUAAACUUUAACCACAUAACCGUGGUCAGUCUUUGAAAUAUUAUAUUAUACGGUAUACCUAUAUAUGGUUAUGGUCCUAUAUAUUGUAUUAAUUGUCAUUAUUUGUAAGAUACAUUUCAUUCUUUAAGGGCUAAUUUUUCAAUGCUUGGAUAAAACGUCCGUCCAAUAAAGUAUUAGGCUGGUUGCAGAGCUAGACCGACCGUCAG